AUGAUAUGCUUGAUUUCUGAUAAGGAGACUAACAGAGGAGCUCUCAUGAGUACGCUGCCUAAAAUAUGGAAUGCAGAAGGGAAAACUGCUUUUAAAGAGGUUGGAAGAAAUAAGUUCUUGGUGGAAUUUAAAUCGAGGUCGGAUAAAAUAAGAGUGUUGAAUGGUCGUCCAUGGUCCUUUGACAAGUGCCUGCUGUGCAUACAGGACUGUGAAGGUGCCAAGUCUAUUAAGGAAAUGCAAUUCUGUUUUGAACCCUUUUGGAUUCAAUGCCAUGAUAUGCCAUUUGCUGGAAUGACUGCGAGUAUGGGGCAGAAGCUGGGAAGCUCCCUGGGGAAGGUGCUUAUGGUGGAUACAGAUGGUAGUGAAACCUGCUGGGGCAAGUUUUUACGUGUGAAGGUAAUGCUAGAUAUAACCAAACUACUUGCUAGAGGCAGGUUUAUUUCUCAGGAUGGUGAGAAGUUCUGGAUUCCUUUUAGAUAUGAAAGGAUGGCCAAUUUUUGUUAUUACUGUGGAUCCAUUAAGCAUGGGAAUGGAAUAUGCAAAAAGAUAGAGAUGGGACUGCAUGUGGGGGAUAGUUUCAGGCAGCAGUAUGGAGCGUGGCUGAGGGCUAGUAAUAAAAAGCAAGUUCAGUCGGUAGGCAAGGUGGGGAAGGUGAAAUAUGACGGUGGGUCAUCGGAGAGUGGUCGGAGGGGGUCCUCAGAUGAGUCCAACAAAGAAGAUGAUAAUCAUGGAAAGGUACCAGAGGAAGUUAGACAACAGGAAGACAGCCAAUCAUUUCACACGGAUGAGGAGGCUGCAUCUGUCAGUGCUAGGAGGAAAGCUGUUGAGGUAGUGGAAUCAAUGAUGCAGGAUGUGGGAGCAGUUACACAGAAGGAGUAUGGGGGACACAUGCCAACAAUUUUGUUAGAGGAAUCCCCUGACCAGCUGGGCCCAGCGGUAGUGGAGGAAUCUAAAAAGGAAAGGAAGGUACCAUGUAGAGGGAAUAACUGGAAAAGAAGAGCACGUGAGGCCAGAUUAUCUCUAACUAAUCAAGGAUUAGAGGGAGACAUUGUAGUGUCUAAACAAGUCCAUUCAAGUAAAAGGAAAACACAGGAAACACCUAAAGGUGGCGUGGAAAAAAGAAGCAAAUUAUCUCUCAUAGAUGAGGAGGGUGAUGAAUUCUUCAUGGCAGUGGCUGCUCCUGCCAGCUACCAUGAUACUCUUGAGCUGGAACUGCCGAGAGCUUGGGAACCCUUGGACAGUUUGAGAACUUCACCUCAUGGUGCAGGAGAAGGGCCCAAGGUUCAUUUUUCUGUCAGAAACAAAAUGUAG